AUGGAGACUUUCCUAUUCACAUCCGAGUCCGUGAACGAGGGACACCCCGACAAACUCUGUGACCAGAUCUCCGAUGCAGUCCUCGACGCCUGCCUUGAACAAGACCCAGACAGCAAAGUUGCUUGUGAGACGUGUUCCAAGACCAACAUGGUCAUGGUCUUCGGGGAGAUCACCACCAAAGCCAAAGUUGACUACGAGAAGAUCGUCCGUGACACCUGUCGCGCCAUUGGAUUCGUCUCUGAUGAUGUUGGUCUUGAUGCCGAUAAAUGCAAAGUCCUUGUCAACAUUGAACAACAGAGCCCUGACAUUGCACAGGGAGUUCACGGUCACUUCACCAAGCGUCCAGAAGACAUUGGAGCUGGUGACCAAGGCCACAUGUUUGGUUACGCUACUGAUGAGACCCCUGAGCUGAUGCCACUGAGCCAUGUUCUCGCGACCAAGCUCGGUGCUCGCCUAACCGAAGUCAGAAAGAACGGAACUUGCGCCUGGCUGAGACCAGACGGCAAAACCCAAGUCACCGUUGAGUACUACAACGAUAAGGGCGCCAUGUUGACCUAUUUUCUUGGCGAAUACAUGGGUUUCACAAUGACUUUAUUUCUGAAUCCUAAGACAAACAGAUAUAAAAAUUAG